AUGUCGUCCUUGGUCUACGCUCUCGUGGGCAAAGCGGGGCAUGGUAAGAGCUCAACAGCCAACUCGCUGUCGGCGUCAGAGCAUUUUCUGGCCGACGACAGCCUUGAGUCAGUCACAAGCAGUGUCAGCUCUUUUGAGUACACCACCGUGACUGGACAGACGCUUGUAUGUUUGGACCUGCCUGGAGCCGUUGACCCAAAGGAGCUGGCAGCCAAAACACCCUCGGGCCUGGAUGCCCUGGCGUGCGUCAUCCGCAAGGGCCGCCUGACAGACGAGGCCUUGGCCUCGAUAUCCCAGCUGGAAGUAUUGUUCGGUCAGCACUUUUGGGCCCAUGCUGUUAUUGUCUUUACGCACUGCACUUGCGACUUGGACAGGCUGAAGUCUGAUCUGACCAAGCUUGGCGAGGACCAUGUCCUGAACAAGGUGAUUAAAAGGUCAAACAACCGAGUCGCCAAGAUUGACAACAUGACCCGGAAUGCCGAGCAGUUGACAGCAGAUGUAGAUUACAUCCAUCAGCUUCUCGCUCAAGUUUCCACGGACACUCGGAAGAAGUAUGAAAUUGUAGCGUUCACGCGAGCUCGAGAGGCCACGCUAGAGGCUCAGAUCGAGACUGCCUUCAGACAGAACGACGCGGACCUCCAAGCUCUGAAGAACCGUUGCCUUCAGGGGCUUGUAUCUCACGAGGAUUUUGAGAAAAAGGCCCAAGAGCUCAAAGAAUGUCAUGAGCUACUGAGGCAGCUUCGUCGUGACAUUGAGUUGGAGCAGGCGCAGAGGUCCUUCGAAGGAUGGGAAAGAGUAAAGCAGUUUGCCUGCUAUACUGGCAUAGCUACAGUUGGCAUUGGUGUUGCAGCGGCAGCAGCACCAAAACUUGCACCCACUGCCCUUUGCUGUGUUGCAGGCUACGCGUUCGUAAAACAUGCAGAGGCCUCCACCGCAAAAGCAAGGGCAGAUCAUUGUAGGCAUGAUGCACUGCGCUUUCGAGAAGAGCGCUUAAGAGUCGAGCGGUCCCAGCAGUGCAAGGAGAGUGGAAGCGACAGUAGUUGGACCCUGCUGGAUGCGUAG